AUGCCGAUCAACUCCUCCCAAGACAGUGGCGUGACGGGUGCUGCCAAAUUCGUUACUUCUACAGUCGGCAAUACGGUGGGCGGAGUGACUCGCACGGUUGGCGGCGUCGCUGGAGCCGCGACGCGCGGUGUGGGCGAUACUAUCAACAGUGCGACCGGUAGUGCUGGCAAGCCUGUCGGCGACGCGCUUGGCAGCGCGGGUACCGGGGCUGAAGAUGGCGCGAAGCGCGUUGCGAGGGGUGUGGAGGAUGCCGGACAGUGGAGAUAG